ACGAUGGUCGUGUAAAAGCGUCAUACAAACGUGAAAACAAAAGGAAUCUUAACAAAGUGAAAUAAAAUUCAAAUUAAAUUAAAACUAUGGGUAUUUACGCUAAACGAGAAAAUAGUUUCGAAAUAAGUACUAUCGCAAGAAGAGUGGAAAAAUCUCAAAAUGAAUUAGAAACAAAAGUUUAUGAAUAUGAAGAAGCACUUGAUAUAACGGGUAACGGAUGGUACAACCGGUCGCUACUAUUUGCUUUGAGUAUAGGACUAUUAGGAAUGGGUAUAGACAUCUUUGGGUUCUCAAUCAUCGUCACUGGCUGUUCUUGUGACUUCAAGCUGGAAUUAUGGCAAAAGAGUACUAUGUUAUCCAUGCCCUUUAUCGGACCAAUUUUGAUGUCAAUACCAUGGGGCUAUAUAUCAGACACAAGGGGUCGUAGAACCACUUUACUAAUAGCGUUGUGGGGUAGUUUCUUAUCGUCGUUUGUAAGUGCAUUUUCGACCAACUGGAUUAUAUUGGCAGUACUAAAGGUUUUCAGUUCAAGUUUUUGCAGUGCUGUACAAUCCGGAGCGUAUGCUUUACUUGGCGAGUCUUGUUCAAACAAAGUCAGAGGCUCCUAUAUGCUCAUAAUGACUAGUGUGUUGAUGCUGUUCCUGCUGUCAUACGUAGUUCCUGGCUAUUUCAUCCUCCAGUUGAAAUUCGCUUACGAUUUGGUCUUCAUCAGCAUUACUCCUUGGAGGGUAUUGACUAUAGUCAUGGCUGCGCCUCUUGGUAUCAGCGCCUUCUUGCUGCACUUCUGCUACGAAAGCCCAAAGUUCCUGGUCAAUGCAGGACAGGAACAAAAAGCCUUGGAGUAUCUUCGUAAGAUUUGGGUCAGGAAUGGGAAUUGCGAAAAUGACUUUCUGAUACGCAGAGUAACAUUGAAAGAAGACAGUAAGGUUAGGGAUAAGCAUAUAAACUUUUUUAAAUCCCUAUGGCAACAGACGAUCCCGCUGUUUGAACCACCUUUACUAUGGAGGACCUUACAACUUUUCUUCUUGACUACGGUUAUUUACAGCAUCAACAAUAGCUUAGUAAUGUGGAUGCCGUACAUCGUGGAAGCCUUCACGGCUGGAGUACAUACCACAGCUGACAAGUCAAGGAGUUUAUGCAAUAUCAUCAUGAGUAUAUCCUCGACAAACGCUACAAUUUCAGAUGACUCAGUCAUCUGUUUUUCAUCCAUCCAGACCCGCACCUUAUUAUCAGGUAUCACUCAUGGCUUGCUGUUCGCUGGCAUCACAUUUGCCGUAUCAAAACUAGCCUCAAUGAAAAAAAUCAUGAUGAUCAUGUUCCUGCUGAUUCCAAUGCUUUCAAGUUUAGGAGCAAUAUUUAAUCAAAAUAAUGUAGCGAGUUUGUUGCUCUACGUCGGAAUGAUGAUGACGAAUUUAUGUAUGGGAGUACUGUUCGCUUAUUAUGUGGAGCUGUAUCCUACGUCGUACAGGGGCAUGGCUGCUUGCCUAGGAGUAAUGGUGGCUCGUCUCAGUGGUGUCGCUGGCGUGAACUUUCUAGGCUCAUUUCUAAUGACAGAUUGCACUAUGACGUUCUAUGCCUUUAGUGCCUAUCUUUUAGGUGGCAUUAUUAUAGCAGCAUAUUUCUUACCACCAGAUAAAACAAAAAACGUCUAAAUCUAAAUAUCUAAUACAAUUAUCUUACUUAAUAAAGCUGCUUAAUACAAUCAGACUA